AUGACACGUCUUGUUAUGACGAAAAAACACAUCAGCUGGUGCAAACCCGGGAAUUCACAUGUGUCUGUCAAUCAUUUUGACGUGCUAAAAUGCUUUUCAAAGACUUAAGGCAUUCCAAGUAACGUUUCUGGGCAAUGAGCAUUUUGUGUACUGAAAAUGUUUACAUUACUGAGUAUUCAAAAAGUUCAGGGACUUCCUCUACUUUAUGCAUUUUCGGUUUUGUUUCAGUCUUUGGCAUAUUGUAGUUUUGAGCCCGAAUCUUCCGGUGGCUGUUUCUGCAAACUCGAAGGUAGAAUUGACGACUGCUCUUGCAACAUUGAUACUGUGGAUCAUUUCAACAAUAUAAGACUCUAUCCGAUUUUGAAGAGCCUCCUGGUAUCAGAUUUUUUUCGGUACAUCAAGGUGAAUCUCAACAGAGCCUGCCCUUUCUGGCCUGAUGAUGGGCGUUGUGCCAUGCGAGAUUGUUCCGUUCAGAUGUGUUCCGAGGAACAAAUUCCUCCUGGUUUAAAAGGACAUGAACAGUUCUUGGCUGAAGCUAAAAAGCUUUCAAGGCCAGAAAAUGCAAAUACAUGUGAUGAAAAUUUUGAUGGACUCGGCGCUGUGAACGAAACGAUCAGUGAUGAAAACUAUGAAGGAUUCGAGCGAUGGCAAAGACAUGAUGAUGCUAUUGACACGUUUUGUGAAAUGGAUGACGAAACUUCUGCCGAAGUCCAGUAUGUGGACCUGCUGCUGAAUCCAGAGCGGUACACUGGGUACAAGGGUAGCUCUGCCCAUAGAAUUUGGAACAGUAUUUAUAGAGAGAAUUGCUUCAAAUUCGGAGAGGGCUACGGACCUUACACGACUUCAAAGAAUUUAAAUGCUAUGUGCCUGGAGAAACGAGCUUUUUAUCGAGCCAUUUCAGGUCUGCACUCUAGUAUAAGCAUUCACUUGUGCGCACAAUACUACACAAAAGCCAAAGAUUGCUUCGGCAAAGGUGCUUGGGGGCCCAAUGUCCAAGAGUUUCAUCGGCGCUUCGCUCCCGAGCUGACCAAUGGCGAGGGACCACACUGGCUGAAGAAUUUGUAUUUCGUAUACUUGCUGGAACUUCGUGCCAUCGCCAAAGCGGCCCCAUACUUCGAGAACGAGCUUUUUUACACGGGUAACGACGAAGCCGAUCGGGAAGUCAGACAGGCCAUUAAAAAACUCGUAGAAGUGGCAAAAUCGUUUCCUGACCAUUUUAAUGAAAAUGUCAUGUUUUCGGGGAAUGACAAAGAAACCAGAAAAUUGAAGGAGGAGUUCCGUUUACAUUUCCUGAAUAUUUCCAGGAUCAUGGAUUGCGUGGGAUGCGAUAAAUGCCGACUAUGGGGCAAGAUACAGGUGCAAGGCUUGGGAACGGCUUUCAAGAUACUGUUUUCGAAAGAUCUGUCGACGAACUACGUGAACAGGAAACAGUUCCGUCUGUCCCGCUCGGAGAUCGUCUCCCUGUUCAAUGCAUUCGGAAGGUUGUCAAACAGCAUACAUCAGUUGGAAAUUUUCCGGACAUUGCUGAACCACACCCACGACGAACUAUAA